UCUCUCUUUUUUCCAUGGCCUUAUAUACGAACCUUCCCUCACCCUUUUCCCACAAUUCUCACAGUCACAACGAAGCCUCCUCUCUCUUUCUCUCUCUAUCACACACAGACACAUACAAACACAUUAAAACCCAUCAAACAGUUUCAAAGAUGACCAAAGUUGGAAAGCUGACAAAGCUCAAGUCAGCCAUAAAAAGAUGGCCUUCAUUCACCAAGCAGCUCUCCCGAGCCAGAAGCUCCGUAGCUUCCUCAACAAACGAAUCCGAUGAUGUCUCAAAGCAGGAACUUCAUGCUGUUUACGUGGGAAAGACUCGGCGGCGAUACCUUGUAAGCUCUGAAAUCAUUGACCACCCUCUCUUUCAGGAGCUGGUGGAGAAGUCAUCAGGUGAAUAUGAUGAUGGAGUUGCGGUUGCUUGUGAGGUUGUGCUGUUUGAGCACUUGCUUUGGAUGCUUGACAAUGCUGAGAAUCAGUUGGGGUCCAUGGACGAGCUUGUUGAGUUCUACACUACUUGCUGACUCUGACUAUGGUGGUGAUCAUGGUUGAUUCAUGAUUGAUUCUAUAACAAGAGAUGUAUGAAUAUUGUAAAGAUUAAACUAGGUUUGCUUGUAGUUUUAUGAGUGAUUAUUGUGUGAAAGUACCAAGGUGAGGAUUAACCCUUCUUAUAUUUUAAUGCGGAUGAUCAUUUUAAACAA